AAGUUGGUGCAUUGUCACAAGUUCUUCUCUGUCAUGUCCUAAAUGUCAGCGAAUGUAAAAUAGAAUUGAGCAACAUCACACUUCAGCCGACUCAGCAGUCUUCUUUCCGCACUACACAGUCACAGCCUGUAUAGCCACUACAGGGUGGCCCAAAAAGUGUGAUCCAAUAAACAUUCAAGAUGCCAAGAACAUACCAGGAGGAACUGAAGUUCCUCGAGAAACUCACCCCAAACAGUUGGAGGAUCAAGAAAGAUUUUGUUCCAAAUAUGAAUGUUGAGGGUGUAUUUUAUGUUAAUGAUAUGUUGGAGCGCUUGAUGUUUGAUGAGCUGCGCCAUUCUUGUAACGCCAAAGGCUUUGGUGGAUUCCUUCCUGGGAUCAAACAGAUCGCAAAUGUGGCUGCACUACCUGGCAUUGUUGGGCGGUCCGUGGGUUUACCAGAUGUUCACUCUGGUUAUGGCUUUGCCAUUGGCAACAUGGCGGCUUUCGAUUACAACGAUCCAAAAGCAGUGGUAUCCCCGGGUGGCGUGGGAUUCGACAUCAACUGUGGCGUACGUCUGCUGCGGACGAACCUCUCAGAGAAAGAUGUUCUUCCUGUCAAAGAACAGUUGGCCCAGAGUAUGUUUGACCAUAUUCCGGUAGGAGUCGGAUCAAAGGGCGUCAUCCCAAUGACUGCAAAAGAUUUAGAGGAGGCAUUAGAGAUGGGUAUGGACUGGUCUCUCCGUGAAGGGUAUGCCUGGGCUGAGGACAAGGAACAUUGUGAGGAAUAUGGCCGCAUGCUACAAGCUGAUCCUUCUAAAGUCAGCGCAAGGGCAAAGAAGAGAGGUCUGCCUCAGUUGGGAACUCUAGGUGCUGGUAACCAUUAUGCCGAGAUCCAAGUGGUGGAUGAAAUCUACGAUGAUUUUGCUGCGUCUAAGAUGGGGAUUGAAUACUGUGGUCAAGUCUGCGUCAUGAUCCACAGUGGAAGUAGAGGAUUCGGUCACCAGGUGGCUACAGAUGCCUUAGUUGCCAUGGAGAAAGCUAUGAAGCGAGACCACAUCGAUGUGAAUGACCGUCAGUUAGCAUGUGCUAGGAUCCAUUCCCCCGAAGGACAGGACUACCUAAAGGGCAUGGCAGCAGCAGCUAACUAUGCCUGGGUGAACAGAAGUAGUAUGACCUUCCUAUCAAGACAGUCCUUUGCCAAGAUGUUCCAGACUACCCCUGAUGACCUCGAUAUGCAUGUUAUCUAUGAUGUAUCCCAUAAUAUUGCCAAAGUCGAAGAGCACUUCAUGGAUGGCAAACAGAAGACGCUGUUGGUUCAUCGGAAAGGCUCGACGCGGGCCUUCCCUCCACAUCAUCCACUUAUACCAGUUGAUUAUCAGUUGACUGGACAACCUGUACUGAUUGGUGGGACCAUGGGAACGUGUAGUUAUGUCCUGACUGGAACUGAGACUGGGAUGGAGGAGACGUUUGGCUCGACAUGUCACGGAGCAGGGCGUGCCUUAUCACGCGCCAAGUCAAGGAGGAACCUGGAUUAUCAGAGCGUCCUGACGAAACUAGAAGACCAGGGAAUCUCAAUACGCGUGGCUUCUCCUAAACUAGUCAUGGAAGAGGCCCCAGAAUCUUAUAAGAAUGUUACAGAUGUCGUCAAUACGUGUCAUGCGGCUGGCCUCAGUAAGAAGGCAAUCAAACUGCGACCCAUUGCUGUGAUUAAAGGAUAAGUGCAGGAGGACUUCUCAUGCCCCCCUAGUGUUCAUAUGAUGAAACUAUUGUACUCAAUAUGUGCUCAAUAUUCUGUACUUGAUUAGUCAUGGAACAGAUUUAGAAUGACGGAUACUUUUCUGACUUUACCGUGUUACCCUCAGUGGAGCAUGACCUCAAGGUUACUGUAGCUUGUAUUGUAUUUGACAGUGUGGCAUUGCUCACCCCUCAAAACCUCCUGUCAGGUGGGUUGGUAGCUGAUUUCGAUUGAGCUCUAUCUGAAGGCAUCGGAAUCUCAUUCAGUUGAACCUACCAUUUGAAGCUAUCAUGUGCUGAUCUGUUUUUUUUUGUUCUGAGAAAGCUUGAUUCAGGUAAACUUAUAUAUCAUGUGCUAUAAUCUGGGUAUUUUAUUGUAAAUUAUCGGGUAUUUGUGCCAGUGUGCUGAAUAUAAACAUGUAUUCAAUAUGAAAGUUGCUGUCUUGUCCUUCCAUUGAGGUGGUCUCUGGUGUCUUCUCCAGACAUCACAAUACACUUGACGAACAGUGUUGCACAAGUCUCUGAAAUGGCUGUGUUAGCUGGUGAUAAUUUCCUUGGUAUCUGGUAUUAGUUGUGACCUUGUCUCUGAACCAGCAGUUAUCAGUUGAAACAGUCACAAUCACAAAAAGUCACAACCAGACCGAAAAUCUGGCCAAGUAUUAACUUCACUGUCUUGCCAACA